AUGAAUCGUUCUGUCAAGGGUAGCCUGAUCCUUCUAAUCAUUUCUGUUCGAAUGCCAUCAGUUGCUUCACACCCCCAGUGCCUGGAUUUCAAGCCUCCAUUCAAACCCUCUGAGACCCUGUCGUUCUGCACAAUGUACUCCACCUUCGGCUGCUGUGACGCUCGUAUGGAUUCUAAGAUCGCUCGAAGAUACCAGCACAUUCUCGGCUUUUUCCAUCCGUCAGGAGCCUCCAUUUGUGCAAAGUAUAUUCAAGAACUUCUGUGUCAGAAAUGCUCCCCGUUUGCGGCUCAUUUGUACGACGCUGAAGAUGCCAACACGCCGGUUCGGUUGUUGCCAGGGCUCUGCGCCGGUUACUGCACCGACUUCUGGAAGCGCUGCCGCUCGACUCUCAGCCUCCUGACCGGGGACCAGCGGACGAUGGAACUGGAGUCGGACCGGGAGAAGUUCUGUGGCUACUUGGAGCUCCGGGACCUCGAAUACUGCUACCCCAACGUCCUGUCAAGCAACCGUCUCAACGCCAACCUGGGGGCAGUGCGGGCUGACCCCCAGGGCUGCCUCCAGCUCUGCCUGAAGGAGGUGGCCAACCAGCUCCGCAACCCAGUGGCCAUGUUGCACGCCAACGACGGGACUCACCGCUUCUUCAUAGCCGAGCAGGUGGGCCUGGUCUGGGUCUACUUAGUCAACGGGUCGAAGGUCAGUCGGCCCUUCCUCAACCUGACUGAGGCCGUGCUGACCUCGCCCUGGCUUGGGGACGAGAGGGGCUUCCUGGGCAUGGCCUUUCACCCCAACUUCAAGAGGAGCGGCAAAGUCUACGUUUAUUAUUCCAUCUUCUCCAGGAAGGCGGAGAGAAUCCGCAUCAGCGAGUUCCACCUGCUGCCUAGCAACAUGAAUGCUCUGGACCACACAUCAGAAAGGGUGAUUCUGGAGGUACUGGAACCUGCUUCAAAUCACAAUGGGGGACAGCUGUUGUUUGGAAGCGAUGGAUAUCUCUACAUCUUCACCGGAGAUGGGGGUCGAGCUGGAGAUCCAUUCGGGAAGUUUGGAAACGCACAGAACAAGUCAUCCCUGCUGGGGAAGGUGCUGCGCAUUGACGUCAACCACAACGACCACGGACCCCCCUAUCGGAUUCCAGCGGACAACCCGUUUGUGGGGGAGAGGGGCGCGCGCCCCGAGGUCUACGCCUAUGGAGUGCGGAACAUGUGGCGGUGCUCGGUGGACCGCGGUGACCCGGCGACCGGCGUCGGGAGGGGGCGCCUGUUCUGCGGCGAUGUGGGCCAGAACAAGUUCGAGGAGGUGGACAUCAUCCAGAAAGGGGGCAACUACGGCUGGAGGGCCAAGGAGGGUUUCUCCUGCUAUGACAAGAAGCUCUGCGCCAACUCGUCUCUGAAUGACAUCUUGCCAAUAUUUGCAUAUCCCCACAGACUAGGCAGGUCUGUGACAGGCGGCUACAUCUACAGAGGCUGCGAGAUGCCCAAUCUGAACGGACUCUACAUCUUUGGCGAUUUCAUGAGCGGCCGCCUCAUGGCUCUGAAGGAGGAUGCGCAAUCGGGCCAAUGGAGCUACCACGAGAUCUGCAUGGGCCGCGGGCAAGUGUGCAACUUUCCCAGACUCAUCAAUAACUACUAUCAGUACAUCAUCUCCUUCGCUGAGGACGAGGCAGGUGAGCUCUACUUCAUGUCCAGCGGGAACCCCAGUGCCUUCGUACCCGCCGGAACUGUCUACAAACUCAUCGACCCGUCGCGGCGAGCUCCACCAGGGAAGUGUCGCUUUAAACCCAGGCCCGUCAAGGUGAAGGGGAAGUUGCUUCAUUUUCGACCCAAAGAGAGACUCAUCUUGGAGUCUACAACCACGGCGGCUACGCCCAACACCACCAGGCCCAGGCCUAGGCCUAGGCCCACCAGGGCCCCAACGCAGAGGCCAAAGGUCGUCGUCACGUCCAAGGGGGCUGAGAAAGAAAAGACCUGGCACACCACUGCUGCCCCGCGGCCACCCACCUUGAGCUGGCACUGGGAGGUCCCGGGCACAGCGAAGGUGCCGCGCCCCUCCACCACCAAACCCCCGCCCAAGGGCCAGCGGCCGCAGACCACGCUGCCGAAGCCGCCGACGAAGGCGGGGAGAGGCCGGCCGAAGGAGGGCCGGCCGUCGGACAGCAAGCGGAAGGGCAACCGGGGCUCGGCGGCCGGUCGGCGCAAGAGUCCAGGGUCCAGGGCGAGCGACAGGAAGCGCCUGAGGCUGAGGGACGGAGCGGUGCGCCUGGCCGGCAAGAGGCGGCGCCCGGGGGAAGGGAGGGUGGAGGUCCACGUGGGCGGGGAGUGGGGCACGGUGUGCGACGACGGGUGGAACUCCAAGGCCGCGGCGGUGGUGUGCCGGCAGCUCGGGUACCGGGGCGAGGCCCGGGCCGCCAGGAAGGCGGAGUUCGGGGCCGGGGGGCACACACUGCGCAUCCUGCUCGAUGACCUGCGGUGCGAGGGUCAGGAGGGGAACCUGCUGCAGUGUCGACACGGGCCGGUCGGGGAACACAACUGCUCGCACGACGAGGACGCUGGGGUCAGCUGCGGCAAAGCGGGUCAAUAA